AUGUCUUCUAAUACGCGCAGGAAGCGAAAGUCGGGGAGAACAUCAGCAAAAUCAAGUACUAUUGAAGAGAUACCAGAAGAUGAACAGUGGAGACUAGUGCAAGAGUCCGGGAUUCUCAAGCAAGUACCUCAAAUACCCCAAGGUACUGGCACGAAGACCCUACCAGAUCCGCAGCCGACAGAAAACGACGAGAUCUUCCAGGUCUUCGUCUAUCUUAUUCCAUUCUCGUCCCUGUAUGCCUUGAUGGACAUACUUGUCCAUCAACAGUAUCGCCAAGCGAUUACCUUCUCUGGGGAAGUCAGCAAGCUGAUUGAAGCAGUACCAAUCUUAGCCGUCUUUAUCUUCUAUAGUAUGUCGUCAUCGCUGAAAGAUCUUCAAGCGAAGCGUCACAAGACGCGAAGAUGGGUGCAAGGGGUCCUGACCCUUCUCACGUGUGCGAGUGGUAUGCGGCUGUUCUGGGUUGUCAACAAAGGGACGUGGAAAGCUGUCAUGCGACAGGCAGCACCUCUCAGCACGGUUUGGAUAUAUGGCAUCGUGCAACUCCAUCUGAUUCCCGCCGUUAUCAGCUUAUGCGUCAUUGGUGCCUUCGUUAAGAUGAAAAACCUCAAAAUCACACUUUGA